UUUGUGCAGGAUCCGCAAAAAAAAAACGACAGUUCGCAUAAUCUUAGUUAGUCGGACUAACGACUAACUAACGUUGGGUCAUUGAGAUAUUCAUAUAAAUAUAAUCUCAGACUACCAUGGAAUUAUUAAAAACCAUAAGUCGCACACAUUUCUGUGUUGGUGUGGUGUGCGGAGGUUACUUCUGUCCGGCCAACUAAGAUCGAGCGUGCUAUAUACACAGACAGUUUAGUUAUCAUGUUAUGUUACUCGAUGUUUCCUAGUGGAUAUUUGAUUCUAGAUGUCUUUGUUUUUUAAGACAGAGUUCUGGAUUCUGGUCAUUUAAAUUAUAAUUGAUUUUACUUUUCUUUUUAAGGCUGAUUUUCCAAUUGUAAGAGUUGUACGAGUUGGUUUGAAAUACAUCAAAGUAUUCCAUUCAGAGAAGAAUUAAUUUUAUGAAUUUCGCAUAAACAACAUACAAUUUUUACCAUUCGAUUAAAGAACUGGCUCUUAGCGGUAUAACUUUUUGCGGAUCCCUGACUAGUCCGAAAUCAAGAUAUCGAACACUAUCAAAGUUAAUUUUGCAAAUAUUAAGUUUGAAGUGCUAUAUUUUUUAGGAAAAAAAUCGAGCUUCCCAUGUUAGUGUAUGCGUUCAGUGAAUAGUUUCGUUCGCUCGAAAUAAAUCAAGUGAAACACAAUGUGCUCACAGUGAAAAAGUGACAAAACGUGACUAGUGAUACAUAUAUCUAUAGCGAAACAACCAGACUGUGAAAUGACAGUGAUAAAUUAAUAAAAUGUAAUUACUGUGUGAGAAUUAGACUAAUCUAGUUAGAAUUAAAUGUAUUUUCAUUACAUUUUACUUUGCAUAAAUACCGCUCAAUGCUCUAAUUUUGUUACACUGUUUAAAGAUUAUCGCUAUAGAAAAUGACUGAUAUACAGUAAUCAGUAGUAGACCAAUUAAACGCAGAAAUAAUAGAAGCCUGUUUAAAAUUCGAGUGAAAAAUGGAAGAGCUUUCUACUUCUAAAUAUAGACGAGCGAGAAAGUGGUUGGGUAAUUUGAGGAAUAUAAAUAAAUACAACAAGCUUUGUUACACAAAUUUCACUUACAAUUCAUGGAUUUAUGCAAAUAAUGUUCCUAGGAUAAAAAAUCAGUACAAUACUCGGUGGUUACACACUACAAGCUCUUGUAACAAAAUAGUAGCAUUCAAGCUUUCGGAUAUCGGUGAAGGUAUACGAGAAGUUAUUGUUAAAGAAUGGUUCGUUAAAGUAGGUGACAAGGUUGAACAAUUUGAUAACAUAUGUGAAGUCCAAAGUGAUAAAGCAGCAGUGACAAUUUCUAGCCGUUAUGAUGGAGUUAUUACAAAACUUCACCACGAAGUAGAUCAGACUGCGUUUGUUGGGCAACCACUUGUUGAUAUAGAAGUUGACGUUUCAGGAGAUGCAGAUACACCACCGCCGGAUUCUACUACGAAUGCUUCCAAAGAUAUACCAAAGACAGAAGAUAAAAGCCCACCACGUACAAAAGUAUUAACAACGCCAGCUGUGAGAAGAAUUGCAGCACAAUUUCAGGUAGACCUCAGUAGUGUAAAUGCUACCGGUAGAAAUGGCAGAGUACUUAAGGAAGAUGUUUUAUCUCACCUCAAUAUAACUUCAGACAAAUCUAAUGAUGUGUUAGAUAAAGUAUUAUCUGUAGAAGCAAUUUCAAUUCCUACAACAACCACCGCAACAGCAGAAUUUGUUUUAGAAGACAAAAUAGUUCCAGUUACUGGGUUUAUGAAAGCAAUGGUUAAGUCCAUGACUGAAGCAAUGAAAAUACCUCACUUUGUAUUUAGUGAUGAAUAUGAUGUAACAAAACUGGUAAAAUCAAGGGAGGGGCUAAAAGAACUAGCUCAAAAAAGAGGAGUGAAACUCACUUACAUGCCUAUAAUAAUUAAAGCUGCUUCUCAAAGUCUCCUAACCUACCCAGUGCUAAACAGCAGCCUCGACAGCUCUAAUGAAAACCUUAUUUAUAAAGCCAGUCAUAAUAUUGGUGUAGCCAUGGACACGCCAAAUGGUUUAGUAGUACCAGUAAUCAGGAACGUGCAAAGAAAAAGUAUAUUUGAAAUAGCAAUUGAACUGAAUUCUCUGCAAGAAAAAGGAUUGAAAGGUCAACUUGGACUAUCCGACUUAACGGGUGGAACGUUUACAAUAUCUAAUAUUGGCAUUAUAGGAGGUACUUACACAAAGCCAAUUAUACUGCCUCCACAAGUGUCCAUAGGAGCUUUAGGAAAAAUACAGGUUUUGCCAAGGUUCGACUCAGAAGGCAAUGUGGUAAAAGCUCAUAUCUUAUCAGUGAGCUGGUCAGCGGACCAUAGGGUCAUCGACGGCGUCACUAUGGCCCGAUUCUCAAACCAGCUAAAAGAAUACCUUGAAGACCCACAGAAGCUAAUUUUAGAUCUGUAAAAGUCAUGUUUGCAUUUUUAUUAGAAUAUUAAUUUAUACAAAUGUUUUUAUUAAAAUUAACUGAUCUUUUAA